GAAGAGGUACAGGUGAGGCAGGUGCAUGUCACAGCUAUAAUCUGCCUGGACUCUACAUCAGCAGCAGCUCACACACAUCUCUACUAUUGACGGCAACACACAGCCAAGCACAAUGAGUACAGAUGGGAAGACUCCUCCUCCCUACGGCAUACCAGUUGAAGGGCAGGGUAAGAAUGAUGUGACGGUUUACCAUGUUCAUACUCCGUUCACCCCUCCUACACAAGAACAGCAGCAGGCCUCUUAUGUCCCAACAGUGAACAGCGGUGGAGGAGGAGGAACGGGGGUUGACGAUGGCAAAAGGAGGUAUGUGAGCUACGAGGGGGGGCUGGGUAAUGACCCCGGCAUGACGACCUGCACCUCCUGCCAGCAGCAGGUCAUGACCAACGUCACCUACAAAGCAGGGACGUACGCUUGGCUCAUGUGCUUACUCUUCAUCUGCUGCGGGUUGUUCUGCCUCUGCUGCCUGAUUCCCUUCUUCUUGAAGGACUUCAAGGAUGCGUACCACACCUGCCCUCGCUGCAACAGAGUGCUGCACGUUGAAAAGAAAAAGUGCUGCAAAUAAUGAUGAACCUGAUGGCAGAAACAGACCCGUAGAAAUAAUAAAUAACAUCCCUUUACCUUUUUGGCUAAUCAGUUUCACCAUUUUUACGAAAUGGACAAAGGUGCAGUACAAUGUUUUUAUUUCUAUGGAUGAGCCAUUGCAUUUGCUGAAGCUAAAUCCAAAAUCAUAUUAUUAUGAAACGGACUGGGAGUCGAUGUGAUGUCAGAUUAAAUAUGAUGUGCACACUUUUUAAAGCUCUGGCUUGUUUAAGUCCAUUAGCUUAAUUUUUAGUUUAAAGUCUUGAAGUACAUUUGUAGAUCAAAUAAUAUAAAUCUUUUAUCAAUAGCAAUCAAUAUCAGGAUUUUUUGAAAAAUUAAGAGAAAUGCUUAUAUUGUGUUAAUUGAAUGUCUUCCCUAUGAUUUUUUUAACGCUUUAAAUCUCUGCAUUACUUUUAUAAUGAACUUGAAUAUGUUCAUACAUUUUUCAUCUCAUUCUAUAUUUAAUUGUUGGCCACAUCAAACAGCAGUUUUCUUUCUAAAAUUGGUAAUAUAGGACUACCGUUUCCUAUGACUAAAUAAAUGUUAUCCAGUCAGUUUGACCAAUUUUAAAAAUGUCUUUAGAUUCGUGGUUGGGCACAAAUGGGUUAAGCAGACCCCAUGCACUUUUUGGGAGCCGUUUUAUGUGUGUCCCAUUCCAGCAGAAAAAAACAAUAUAUAUAUAUAUAUAAUCCUUUUCAGAAACAUCUGCAUACGUUGUGUUGUUCAAAUGAAGGGCUUGUAAAUAAACUGUUGUAUGUACCUUUUCUGUACUUGGGAGAAGCAAUAGACACAUUUCCACAGAUGUGGACAAUAAAGUAAAUCUAUCUAUCAAAUA